UGUUUUAUUUUAUAGUCGGAGAUUAGCCACCUGACAGAGGGAUAGAUACAUUGCACACGACAGUUAUUUUGCGGCGCCUCCUCUGCUGUUCAUUGAAGUAAGUUAUUUCCAUCGUAUCGGCUGGCACCUAAGUCAUAUUUUUCCUGGAGCAUUUUGGAAGUCACGUGAAACUGUAGUAUUUUUUCCCCCAGCUGACUGGAGGAGAAUAUCUGGGACCAUGAAUAACCCCUUCCAACAUAUAGUUGAGCCUCUGGCUCCAAACGACUCACACCAGUGCUUUUACAAUCUGACAAAACUACAAGAUCCCAGAUAUGACCGUCUGCCAUUUUCCAUUCGUGUGCUGCUGGAGUCUGCUGUCAGGAACUGUGAUGAAUUUCUGGUGAAGCGUUCAGAUGUGGAGAGCAUCCUGAACUGGAAGAAGACCCAGACCCAAACUGUGGAAGUGCCCUUCAGACCAGCCCGUGUCAUCCUUCAGGACUUCACUGGUGUACCUGCUGUGGUGGACUUUGCUGCUAUGCGGGAUGCAGUGAUGAAACUAGGCGGUGAUCCAGAGAAGAUUAAUCCUGUUUGUCCCGCCGACCUUGUGAUUGAUCAUUCCAUCCAGGUGGAUUUUAACAGGAAGUCCGAUAGCCUGCAGAAAAAUCAGGACCUGGAAUUUGACAGAAACAAAGAGAGAUUUCAGUUCUUAAAGUGGGGCUCUAAAGCCUUCAGGAACAUGCGGAUCAUUCCUCCUGGUUCCGGUAUCGUUCACCAGGUGAACCUGGAAUAUCUGGCCCGUGUGGUAUUCAACCAGGAUGGGUAUUACUACCCAGACAGCCUGGUGGGCACCGACUCCCACACCACUAUGAUUGAUGGCCUGGGUGUCCUGGGCUGGGGCGUGGGUGGGAUUGAAGCAGAGGCUGUUAUGUUAGGCCAGCCAAUCAGCAUGGUCCUGCCUGAGGUGGUGGGAUACAAGCUUCAUGGGACUCCAGACAAACUCAUCACUUCCACAGAUAUUGUCCUCACUGUCACUAAGGACCUUCGCCAGGUGGGUGUGGUGGGGAAGUUUGUGGAGUUUUUUGGUCCAGGUGUGGCUCAGUUGUCCAUCGCUGACCGAGCCACCAUUGCCAACAUGUGUCCAGAGUACGGAGCAACAGCAGCUUUCUUCCCUGUGGACAAUGUCAGCAUUCAGUAUUUGGAGCAGACCGGGCGAGAGCCUGAAAAACUGGCCUAUAUUACAAAGUACCUGAAGGCAGUGGGCAUGUACAGAGAUUAUAAUGAUGCUUCUCAGGAUCCUGAUUUCACAAAGGUUGUAGAGCUUGAUCUCAGCACAGUGGUUCCUUGCUGUAGUGGCCCCAAAAGGCCCCAGGACCGAAUUCCUGUGUCAUACAUGAAGAAAGACUUCGAAAAUUGUCUUGGAGAAAAGCAAGGUUUCAAGGGCUUCCAAGUGGCCCCUGACCGUCACAACACCAUCGUCCCGUUCCAGUACAAUGACACAGAGUAUUCUCUCUCCCACGGCUCAGUGGUCAUUGCAGCCAUCACCAGCUGCACCAACACCAGCAACCCUUCGGUCAUGCUUGGAGCCGGGUUGCUUGCAAAAAAGGCGAUAGAGCUUGGCUUAAGCGUGAAGCCAUACAUAAAGACCAGCUUGUCACCAGGCAGUGGAGUGGUCACCUACUACCUGAAGAAGAGUGGUGUUAUGAACUACCUUGCUCAGCUUGGCUUUGAAGUCGUUGGCUAUGGCUGCAUGACCUGUAUAGGCAACAGUGGCCCCUUACCAGAGCCAGUGGUGGAGGCCAUUACCAAGGGAGACUUGGUCGCUGCAGGUGUCCUGUCUGGGAACAGAAAUUUUGAAGGCCGAGUCCACCCCAACACCAGAGCAAACUACCUGGCUUCUCCACCUCUGGUCAUUGCUUAUGCAAUUGCAGGCACUGUGAGAAUUGAUUUUGAGAGAGAGCCAAUCGCUGUUAACUCUAAUGGACAAGAAAUUUUCCUGAGGGAUAUCUGGCCAACACGGAACGAGAUCCAGGCUGUAGAGAGAGAGUUUGUCAUUCCAUCAAUGUUCAAAGAAGUCUACGAGAAGAUUGAGAAAGUAAAUGAACGCUGGAACUCCCUCAUCGCUCCCUCUGACAAACUGUACACGUGGGACACCAACUCUACUUAUAUCAAGUCACCGCCAUUCUUUGAUGGCCUGACCAUGAAGCUGCAGCCACCCAGCUCCAUAAAUGAUGCCUAUGUGCUGCUGAACUUUGGUGACUCGGUCACCACAGACCACAUUUCUCCUGCUGGAAACAUCGCCCGGAACAGUCCUGCAGCACGUUACCUGACAAGCAGAGGUCUGACCCCUCGGGACUUCAACUCCUAUGGCUCUCGUAGAGGGAACGAUGCUGUAAUGGCCAGAGGGACCUUUGCCAACAUCCGCCUCUUUAAUAAAUUCCUCAACAAGCAAGCACCACAAACAAUCUACCUGCCCACUGGUGAAACACUGGAUGUGUUUGAUGCUGCUGAGAGGUACCAGCAGGCUGGUAUCCCUCUACUGAUUUUGGCUGGGAAGGAGUACGGCUCCGGCAGCUCCAGAGAUUGGGCGGCAAAAGGCCCAUUUCUACUGGGUAUUAAGGCUGUCCUAGCAGAGAGCUAUGAGCGAAUCCACCGUAGUAACCUGGUUGGGAUGGGGGUGAUCCCUCUGGAGUAUCUACCAGGGCAAACUGCAGACAGCCUGGGGCUGACUGGUAGAGAGCGAUACACCAUCAUCAUCCCAGGGCAGCUAACACCCAGGAUGAAAGUCGACGUUAAGCUUGACACAGGGAAAACGUUCCAAGUGCAAAUGAGAUUUGACACAGACGUGGAACUGGCAUAUUUCCACCAUGGCGGCAUCCUCAACUACAUGAUCCGCAAGAUGUCUGGAAAGUAAAAAAAAAAAAAAAAAAAAAAAGCAAGUACAGCACUGCUAAUCACGCACAUCUUCUGUCCACAGAGAGAGAGAGAGAGAGAGAGAGAGAGAGAGAGAGAGAGAGAGAGAGAGAGAGAGAGAGCAAAAUCUGUUUUUUAGUCUCUCAGUUUUCCACCUCCCAUCCUCCAUAGGAUAUCAACCAUAGUUAUGGCAAAUCUAGCAAUACCGUCCAACAGUAAUUCAGUCAUUUUCCAGUUUUGGUGUUUGGAAUUUCUGCCUUGAAGCUGCCCUCUUGAACUGACAGGAAUAUCAUCACAUUUUUCUCAUGUUUGAGAAUGCUGCUGUUUGUUUGAAAAUGCAGAGCAUACUUGAGUGAAAUGUAUGAGAUGGAAAUAUUUAGUCAGAUAAAGAUACUAGGUGAAGUAAUAUGAUUUUCAAUUUAUAGGUGCCACAGUUAAAACUGUUCACAUUGUGUUCCACCUCAGCAACUUUUCAGUCCUUCAGUCAUGUCUAGACACUCUCUGUUGGAGAAGGGGUAUCAACUGAAGAAAGAGUUAAAGGAGAGAGCUGUGGCACCAGUUGUGUGUUUUGAAACUGUUAUCAGUUGUGCUAAGGUUCGAGUUUUAGAGAUAAUACUACAUGUAGACAAUGUAACCUAAUUAAGGAAAUAACAUUUAAGAAGUCAGGGUCCUAGUGAGGGAUUAAUGGGAGAUGAUGAUGAUAAUUGGUGGUUAUGGUUGCCAACUACUGGUCACAAUCCCCCACAGACCAUAGAGAAUGGAAGUUUAUCCAGGAAUAAAUGGCAUUAGAUUGUUAGAACAGCAUAUUGCAUAAAAAAGUAGAAUGGAAAUAUGUGACAGUACUGUAGAAACACAUACUGUAUUACACAGACAGUUGUUACCUUAACACAUUGGUAUUACUGUGUGCAGUUAUUGCACAUCAUUUGAAUCACACUAGGUGGCAGCAUUGAGCCCAUUUGUGUUGUUUUUUGUUGAGCUCUGCCCCUGUGGUGGACUCUGUGGUUUGUCACCACUGUUUUAUUCAUGACCAAAAUUUGUCUGGUUGCUGUCACUGUCUGACUGUACUCUAAAAGGAGCCUGUUUUGUUUUUGUUUUUCUUCUAAACUUAAGUGUGAACCCAUUUUGCCAAUGCAUCCAAGUUCAGAUUAAUGACUGCCUUAACAAGUUGAUGUAGGAUUUCUGGUUAUGUUGAUUCAAAGAUAUUUAUGUGUCCUUGCUGUGUUAUGCUAACAAUGUUGAUCAUCUUGGUUAUGAAGACCAUGUUUCUGUUCUUUAACAGUUGCCUGUUCAUAAAAAAUGUCUUUGAAUGCACUAAGCCAUAGAACACUGAUACAUAUAAUAAACUGUGAUUUU